AAUAAUGUUAUCUAAUGUAUAUGUUUUGUGGCAAAUUACCAGUAUUAAAUGGAUGGUAGCAAAGUGCUUGAGAACCUGGGAUAAAAAGCUCCAUGAAAAUGCAACAUGGCAGCAGCAAUGGAAACUGAACAGCUGGGUGUUGAAAUCUUUGAAACUGCAGAGUGUGAGGAAAAUGUCGAAUCACAAGAACAGUCUAAAUUGGAGCCAUUUUAUGUUGAGAGAUAUUCCUGGAGUCAGCUUAAGAAACUGCUUGCAGAUACCAGGAAAUACCAUGGCUACAUGAUGGCUAAGGCACCACAUGAUUUUAUGUUUGUAAAGAAGAAUGAUCCAGAUGGCCCUCAUUCGGACAGGGUCUAUUACCUUGCCAUGUCUGGUGAGAACAGAGAAAAUACACUAUUUUACUCCGAAAUUCCCAAAACCAUCAACAAAGCAGCAGUUUUAAUGCUGUCUUGGAAGCCACUUUUAGAUCUUUUUCAGGCAACCCUGGACUAUGGAAUGUAUUCUCGAGAAGAAGAAUUAUUAAGAGAAAGAAAACGCAUUGGAACCAUUGGAAUUGCUUCUUAUGAUUAUCACCCGGAAAGUGGAACAUUUUUAUUCCAAGCUGGCAGUGGAAUUUACCAUGUAAAAGAUGGAGGUCCACAUGGAUUUACUCAACAACCCUUAAGACCCAAUUUAGUGGAGACCAGUUGCCCCAACAUAAGGAUGGAUCCAAAACUGUGCCCUGCUGAUCCAAACUGGAUUGCUUUCAUCCAUAGCAAUGACAUCUGGAUAGCGAACAUUGUAACUAGGGAAGAAAGGAGGCUCACCUAUGUGCACAAUGAGCUUGCUAACAUGGAAGAAGACCCAAGAUCUGCUGGGGUUGCUACCUUUGUCCUUCAAGAAGAAUUUGAUAGAUAUUCUGGCUAUUGGUGGUGUCCAGAGGCUGAACCAACUCCUAAUGGAGGAAAAAUUCUUCGAAUUCUAUAUGAAGAAAAUGAUGAAUCAGAAGUGGAAAUUAUUCAUGUUACAUCCCCCAUGUUAGAGACCAGAAGGACAGAUUCCUUCAGAUAUCCCAAAACAGGCACAGCAAAUCCAAAAGUCACUUUUAAGAUGUCAGAAGUAACGAUUGAUGCUGAAGGAAGGAUUGCAGAUGUGGUGGAUAAGGAACUAGUCCAACCCUUUGAAGUUCUGUUUGAAGGAGUUGAGUAUAUUGCCCGAGCUGGAUGGACUCCAGAGGGAAAAUAUGCUUGGUCCAUCCUACUAGAUCGUUCCCAGACCCGACUACAGAUAGUAUUAAUAUCCCCUGCAUUAUUUAUCCCAGUAGAAGAUGAUGCAAUGGAACGACAGAAACUAAUAGAUUCAGUGCCUGAUUAUGUGACACCACUCAUUAUUUAUGAAGAAACAACAGACAUCUGGAUAAAUAUCCAUGAUAUCUUUUAUGUUUUUCCCCAAAGUCAUGAAGAUGAAAUAGAGUUUAUUUUUGCCUCAGAAUGCAAAACAGGUUUCCGACAUCUGUAUAAAAUUACAUCCAUUUUAAAGGAGAGCAAAUAUAAACGAUCUAAUGGAGGACUACCUGCGCCAAGUGAUUUCAAAUGCCCCAUCAAGGAAGAAGUAGCAAUUACAAGUGGUGAAUGGGAAGUGCUAGGCCGACAUGGAUCAAAUAUCCAAGUUGAUGAAGUACAGAAGCUGGUGUAUUUUGAAGGCACCAAAGAUUCCCCGUUAGAACAUCACUUGUAUGUGGUCAGCUAUGACAAUCCUGGAGAGGUGACAAGAUUGACAGAUCGUGGCUACUCUCAUUCCUGCUGUAUUAGCCAGCAUUGUGAUUUAUUUAUAAGUAAAUACAGUAAUCAGAAGAAUCCACACUGUGUGUCCCUUUACAAGCUCUCAGGUCCUGAAGAUGACCCAGCCCGGAGAACAAAGGAAUUUUGGGCCACUAUUUUAGAUUCAGCAGGUCCUCUUCCUGAUUACACACCCCCAGAAAUCUUCUCAUUUGAAAGUACUACAGGAUUCACCUUAUAUGGAAUGAUGUACAAACCUCAUGAUCUACAGCCUGGGAAGAAAUAUCCCACUGUGCUGUUCAUCUAUGGUGGUCCUCAGGUGCAGCUGGUGAAUAAUCGGUUUAAAGGAGUCAAGUAUUUCCGCUUGAAUACCUUGGCAUCUUUGGGUUAUGUAGUUGUGGUAAUAGACAACAGGGGAUCUUGUCAUCGAGGGCUUAAAUUUGAAGGUGCCUUCAAAUAUAAAAUGGGUCAAAUAGAAAUUGAAGACCAGGUGGAAGGACUUCAAUACCUAGCAUCUCAAUAUGAUUUUAUUGAUUUAGAUCGUGUGGGCAUCCAUGGCUGGUCCUAUGGAGGAUACCUCUCUUUGAUGGCAUUAAUGCAGAGGUCAGAUAUCUUCAGGGUUGCGAUUGCUGGAGCUCCAGUUACUCUGUGGAUUUUCUAUGAUACGGGAUAUACAGAACGUUAUAUGGGUCACCCUGACCAAAAUGAACAGGGAUAUUACUUAGGAUCUGUGGCCAUGCAAGCGGAGAAGUUCCCUUCUGAACCUAAUCGUUUAUUGCUAUUACAUGGGUUCUUGGAUGAAAAUGUUCACUUUGCACACACCAGUAUAUUACUGAGUUUUUUAGUAAGGGCUGGGAAGCCAUAUGAUUUACAGAUCUAUCCUCAGGAGAGACACAGCAUAAGAGUCCCUGAAUCUGGAGAACAUUAUGAACUGCAUCUUUUGCACUAUCUUCAAGAAAAUCUUGGUUCACGAAUUGCUGCUCUAAAAGUGAUAUAAUUGUGACUUUUGUGGAACUCUGGUACAUGGCUGCUUAACCAAAUGAGGAGGUUUAAUCUGUAGAAAAUAUAGAAAACUGAUCAUCACAUUUUGGUGCCUGCUAUUUAACAUCCACUUCUGAAAGUAAAUUUGGUGCCAUACCGGAAUCUACAGUACAUGAAUCUACAGUACAUGAAUAGCAACCUCAUUCCUUAACACACACAAAGAACUGAACAAUGUAAAUUUCCAUGGACACAGCAAUACCAUGAGAAUUACUGAGAGAAGCUAAAACAUUUGCAGCACAUAUCAACAUCAUCAUAUUUCCACCUUUUAAAAGCAUUGUAAGCCUCAUGGAUUUAAUUGGUGUAUUUUUACAUUAUAUUUGAGUUUGUUACAUUAUGGUAAUACUAGGUGAUUGGUUCACUACAAUUCCUGAAUCUCUGGCUAAUUACAAAUUUGGUAGCACUUAAGUGUAAUUGAAUAGCUUAUGCUUCAUUGCUUGGGGUGUGUCCAGCAUGUUAAGAACUAAUCACUAUUAAAGCUAUGACUUAACCAAUUGUUAAUGAUUUUAAGGAAUAAUUCUAGUGGCCUCCUAAAGACACUCAUUUUGGUUUAAAGUUCUUCCCAGUUUUUCAUUGAGUUUCAGCUGUGUCUAGUAAAAAAAACAACAACUAAUUUUUCUUUGAUGAUAUGACAAGAUGGGUUUUACCUGAUUUACUUUCACAUAAAGGAGAGUAACUGUAUUUGUAGCAUGAUUUUAACUAAUCUUAUGGCAUUAAUAAUUACAUGCAGAUUAAUUUUAAAUUGAAUGACUAUAACUUAAAUAUUUGCAGAAUGUUUUUUUCCUUUAGGAAAAGAAAAGUAUAUAUUUACUUUACUUCUUCAAAAAAAUUGUUGAUACCCAAUUUUUCAUAAACCAUUUCCUUACAUCAAAGACAGAGAUGGGAGGUGAGGAAAACGUGGAAGGGAAACAUAGGGAAGUGAGAGUGGGAAUAUGGAUCUUUUUUAAAGUCCAAAAUGUAAGUGCCACUUGACUGGAAAAAUUCAUGAAAAAAAUUAGGAAAUGAGAUUUUUAAUUCUUAGAAUAUUAACUAAGAAAACCAAAGUAAAAUAAAAUAAUCAGCCCUAAGUCAGCAUAAUCCUAAACUGACUAUAUUCAGGAGAAUUCUUUAUAAAUUUUUUAGAAACCAACAUUUAUAGUCCCUCCUUUUUAAGUAGUUCUAGUGAGCACAAAAAGCUUUUUGGAAAUGGCAAGCUUAAAUUUAAUUUAAUUUAAUUUAAAAUAUCCAACAGAUUUCUUUAUCAUAAGUUUAUCCCCUUAUUCAUGCAUUAUUCUCUUCAUUGUUUAAAAAUUGUAUAUAAUUAUCUAUUUUAAGUUUCCCUAAAAUAAACUCUGAUAAUGAAAUUAUUCUGGUUUACCCCUAACAUUUGAAUGUUCAAGGAUUUUCAUAUGCUUUCAGGUAUUGAUUGGGUUCCACUGGAGUGUUGGGAUAGAAGGGCAGAAUUUUCUUGUUGCUAGGAGACCUGGGUAAGAGCUUAGCAAGAAGGAAUGCUUAACUUUAAAAAAAUCUACUCAGCUCUUCUAAUCAUGAGCACUAUGAUUUUCUUGGAAAGAAGUUGCUGUAUUUAGGAGCAAGAGUCCCUAGAGAGAAUGUGGAAAUUUUUAUUGUUUAUCACAUACUGACUGUAGAUUUUGUCUACAGAGUACAUACUUAUGGAAAAAAAAAAAGAUAUCUCUAUGGCAAGUUUUCACUUUAUGACAAGAAGGGGAUAAGACAUGAAGGAAGCCAGAAGUGACAGUGUACCAAUAUUGGUUAUUCAUUUGGGAAUUCUUUCCAUAUUUUGACUCUAAUCUAUAUAUACACAUGUCUAUCUCUCUAUCAUCUCCCUGUGUGUAUUUACCAUAUAUAUACACACAUAGAUAUGUGUAACAUAUCUAUGUAUGUAUGUAUAUAUACACAUAUGCAUAUAUAAAAAUAUAAACUUACAUGUUUGAUGUUCUCCCAUACAUAGAUUUGUUUAUAUUCUUUUCUUUCUAUGAUUUGGAUAAUUUAAUGUUCCCUGCAGACCAAGAAAAUAUUUCUCCCUGUGACUUGAGUUUUACUUGAUGAGGGAGAUGCAUGCUUCUGUAUCAAUAGUCCAAGGAUCUGUGAUCAUUGCACACAGUGUGCAGAGCAGAAUGGGUAUCCCACAGUACCAUAAGCCAUUGGACAAGUAUUCAUUUAAAAUCUCUUACUUUGUAAGACUGUCUUUUUACAGUGAUAUCUCUUGCUUUGGUGAAAGACAAAAAUUAAAUACUCAAAUGCUCCUGCAUACUGUUCUAGUGAAACACAUUUCAUAUUUAGUUUUCCCUUUUACCCAUUCCAAUAAAUAAAGAAAUUGGAAGUUCUCAUUAUACCUCCUAGGCACUAUUUGCCUUCCUUACCAGUGAAGAAAUGCUUUCACAUUGGCAGCUGUACUGUGAACAUGACUGAAUUUUUUUUCAGAAAGGAUACUUGAUUGGAUUUGCUGUUCCUAAAAGAAAUGGAGACUCAUGCUUACAUAGUUAGCAAGCAAUGGAAACCUCAACCAAGAUUCUCUGGUAACAUUAAGUAUGAGGAAAGCAAUCCAUCAAGUGAAAGUUUAUAACAAGGAGCGCGUUUGGUGAGAACCAAAAAAGCACUGGGGUUAAAAUAAGGCAACCUGGGUUAUUCAUUGUCUUGAUAAAUUUCCAUGGCCAUUAUUGAGUAGUUUCUUGAAAUAACUCUGAAGACUCUGAUAAAUAAAAUUUAUACAAUAUUGACUUAGAAGAAAUAGUAAAGUGUAAGCAGAAAUCCUUUCCUUAUAAUUAAGUAUUGACCACUUUUUCUUACUACAAGAGGUAUGGGUGAAGAGCAGCUAGCAGCUCUAUAUUAUUUGUGAAAACAAGAGUAAAGGCUGUUCAAGAGGCCAGCUUCCUCCUCUCUUCCAAAGCCUUAGUUUGAAAAGUUUUCCUACAGAUGAAAAAAGGGAAUGAAUCUUGGCCUACCACCACACACAGCAUCCUGACCUUUUAAAGAAUAAUAUUUGUUACAUGUUGUCAGUGUUCAGAUUUUUCUUUUUGUUUUUAGAUUUUAUUCUGUUUACUAGCUGUCUUUAUGUAAUCACUUUUUUUCAUGUUUGGGAUUAGUCUCCUAAUAAAACCCUCAAGUUCCAAGAAAUAUAUAGAAAAGGCAAACUUAAUAAACACACACAAAUAUGUGUAAUAUAUACAUGUAUAUAUUACAUACAUAUGUAUAUAUAGCCUUAUUUCACCUAUUUGAGCACUUUGUUCUUUAAUAAAAAAGUACCCUAGGGGCAGCUAGCUGGUGCAGUGAAUAGAGCAUCAGACCUGAAAUCAGGAGAACCUGGGCUCAAAUUUGGUCUCAGACAUUUCCUAGCUGUGUGACCCUGGGCAAGUCACUUAAACCCAGUUGGAGGGGAGGGAGGAGGUAUCUAAAUGUGGAGAAGGAAAUAGCAAAUUACUUCAUUGUCUUUGCCAAUAAAACUCCAAAUGAGGUCAUGAAGAAUUGGACACAACUGAAAAACUGAACAAAAAAAAAAUUUCCCAACUCUAAAUUCAGAGCUAAGGAUGCUUAUUAAUGAAAUCAUAUUAAUUAGCAUGUGAAGUUGCUAAAUAUGAUUAAAGUCAUUAUGCCAGUACAAAAUAUGUUUUCCUUGGGAAUAGGAACAUUAGAGAAUUGAUAAUUCAGAAGAUUGGCUGCUAAUAGCAUAAUACCACAAGAUUGGUUACUUAUAUCUAGAAGCCCAUCUACCUAACCUAUGAACUUGGAAAACAGACAAGGCCAGGACUAGUCCUGAGGAAAAUCUAAAUGAAAGUUCUUCUAUUAUGACAAAGGGAGAAUAUCAGUGUCAUAACAAAGACAUCAGAAGAACCCUCUUCCACCUCAACUCCCAGCUCAGAAUAUUGGGAUAAUUUAGUACAAAUUUUGCCUUCCCAGUUUCAUUUUGGUUCCCUGAGUGUCAGUACAUGUGUGUACUAUUUCCAAAGUGAUAAGUUCUACAGAUCUUUAGAAUAAAGAAACAGUAGUGUUUUGCUUGAUUUUUUUUCUCUUGUAGUUGUUCAGCACAAUUAGAAUUCAGGUGUUUAAUUUUAGAACAUAAAGUGCCUGCUGUUUUAAGCAUUGACUUGUAUUAACAGAAUUGCAUGUCUUACUCCAGUAAGUUUAUGGGUUUCCCCAUUUCUAGAUACAUGGCUUUUAAUCAUGUAAAGUGAAAACGUUAGUUUUGUUGUGUUUUAUUACAGAUCCUUUUGUUGGAAUAAAGAUGCUGCUAAAAUAAA